AAAACAUGGUAAUAGUGACGACAAAUAAUUUCAUAUUUAAAGUCAUGGUAUGAAUCAAGGAUAUAAGGAGGAAACACUGAUAAAUACAGACCAAGGAAAGUUAUAAUGUGACGUCUGUUCUGUCAUACUUGAUUGAAGACUUUCAAAGAAUAAAUAGACAGUAGCUGAAUAAAAGUAACCAGUGUUCAAAGAGGACCAUUGUGACGUCAUAAUGUUCGGAACCUAUGACGUUCCACCGAGCGCACAGGUGCUUGGAAUGUUAUGUCCAUUAUUUCUGACCAUAUCUUUAGUUCUGAUCCUUGUUGGAAUAGGACUACCAUAUUGGCUGAUAUUCGGGGGAACCUCUUACGGAAUUUUUCAGAUAUGCACGUCAUCAGUUACUUCAUGUUCUUUUUCUGUUACAGAACUCUCGUCGUCCAAUCCAGACAGCGUGACGUUCUGGAACAUCAUGAUUUCGUUGGCCGUGUUUGCGGGUCUCUUUAUGUUCCUUUCAGAAAUCCUGAUAUUUAUCUAUCCUUGCAAAAAAGUGAUAAGCCACAGUAAACUGGGUAUCGGGGCCGUGGCAUGCUUCUUUUGCAUUGUGGGAGCUACAUUAACCUUAGCAGUGGUUGGAUUAAUGAUUGGCGCAGCCAGCGUUUCCGUCACUGACGUCACUCAUGUUUCCCUGGCAACUACAGACUAUCUUGGCUGGUCCUUAUACGUCUCUGGAUCCGGAGCUAUUCUUGCUUUGUUUACAGGGAUAUUGUUUGCUAUUCAUUUAUUCCUCGCUUGUUAUUAUUGAAAGAAACUUAUUUAUCUGCCUGUGGUGAAGAUGGUGUUACUUUGUUACCUUUUUUUUAAUUUUGACAAAAUAGUAAUGUGAUCUGCCAUUGGAUAGCCGAAAAAUGUCAUAACACAUAUGAAUUUUGUUUGUUGAUUUUUAAAAUUGAGUUCAAGUUUGUCAAAAUAUUACUUUUCAUUUCAUUGCAAAGUAAAGUAUCUAAAACGCAAUACACGUUGCUCCUAGAGCCAAAGUACAGCAAACUUUUUUUUUGAAAGGGGGGGGGGUUAUAUGUCUACCGUCACUUUAAUUAGGUAGCAUCUUCAGACUGAUACACCCUUUCAGUGUAAACAAUUGUUCAUUCUAUUAUAAGCCUUUUUGAUCAGAUGUUUUAUUCUCGCAAGCAUGUGCCAAAUAUUUAUUAUGCCUUUUAUACUCAUAUUUAAAUGCUUUGUACAUGAUAACUAGAAAUGUCACUGUAAGAGGUGUGCUAUCUUUAAAUCAUAAAAGCAAAUAUUCACUGCAAAUGAAUUCAGCGAGAUGAUUUUAUUGUUCUAAUGGCAAAUUGUUUUCUAUGCAUCAAUUGACACUGCUGUAAAAGUGCUUUGAUUACUCAAUGCAAAUAAAUUCAGCAUGAUAAUUGC